AUGGCGAAUACGGCCAUGUCCAUUGAGUCCCGGAAAUGCCCGCAGUGCACGGAUGGGGAAUUUGAUCUGCGGAAUGUCGAGAAAAAGCAACCAUUAUCAUUUCCAAUGACUGAACGUGUAAAAGUAAUUGUUAGAUCCCGUCCUUUAAACGAACGUGAAUUAAAACUUCAAUCAACGCCAGUUGUUUCUGUGAAUAGUGAGAAUAGCGAAAUCGAACUAAAAGACCCGACGUCCAACGACCCUCGCAAUUUUACAUUCGAUGCAACAUUUGGGCCGGACGCCCCGACAAGUCUAAUCUAUGACAGUGCAGAAGUACUCAGCGGAUUCAAUGCCACAAUAUUCGCAUAUGGACAAACUGGUUGCGGCAAGUCAUUCACGAUGGAAGGGCCAGACGACCCCCCCGACCAGCGUGGCAUUAUUCCCCGGUUGUGGUCGGUUGAAUAUCACCCAGAGCAUUCGAGCAACUGUUUGAGAGCAUGUCCGUGUCGAAGGACACCAAAAAGUGUUGGAACCCGCUUCAAAGAGGCGGUGAAAAUAAACCUCUCCCUGUCCGCCCUUGGGAAUGUGAUUUCAUCCCUCGUUGAAGGCAAACGGACUCACAUUCCUUACAGGGAUUCGAAAUUAACGCGACUCCUGCAAAACUCGCUUGGUGGGAACUCAAAGACGAUGAUGAUCGCUUGCAUAUCCCCUUCGAGCGACAGCUUCCACGAGACACUAAGCACUCUGAGAUAUGCCAACAGAGCCAAAAACAUUAAAAACGCGCCUAAAAUUAACGAAGACACACGUGAUGCUUUACUUCGUCAAUACCGCGCUGAGAUCGCCUAUCUACGAGAAAGUCUGUCAGAAUGCUGUGGUAUGACGCCAUUUGUAUAUUUAAGAUAA